AUGGCUCAUGGCUGUAUAUCCAUCGACGGCAUUUAUUAUACAACACCCAAAAUGAAGCUUGCCUCUACGUCCGACAAUACCCAAGUUGUUGCCCCUCUCCUCCUACCGCGGGACUGCGAGCACUCCCCGGAAGACCCGAGUCCGCAAAAUGGAUCCAUUACCGGAGCGGUGUUCAACAUAUCAACCACCAUGAUCGGUGCGGGAAUCAUGUCGGUUCCGGCGACCAUGAAGGUGCUGGGCUUAAUUCCGGGGUUCGUGGUGAUUGUGUUGGUGGCAGUGAUAACAGAUAUAACGGUGGAGUUUAUGUUAAGGUACACAAGCUCCGGGAAAUCCAUUACCUAUGGGGGCAUGGUGGGCGAGUCAUUUGGCUCUAUAGGAUCCCUUGCUGUCAAGAUUUGCGUCAUCAUAACCAAUCUUGGUAUCCUUAUCAUCUAUUUCAUUAUUCUUGGAGACGUGCUCUGUGGAAGUGAGUCCAAAGGAACCACACACUUGGGUGUUCUACAAGAGUGGUUUGGCAUCUACUGGUGGACCUCUCGCAAUUUUGCACUUCUUAUAGUUGCUCUCUUAAUGCUUCCACUGGUUAUGUUACGGCGAGUUGACUCACUCAGGUAUAGUUCUGCAAUAUCAAUCCUUCUAGCAUUGGUAUUUAUUGCAAUAUGCUCAUCAAUGGCGCUUAAUGCAUUAUGGUCCGGCAAAACUCAAUCACCGAGGAUACUACCAGAUUUCUCUCAAGUCACUGUCCUUCAACUUUUUACUACUGUCCCAGUUUUUGUGACGGGUUUUGGAUUCCAUGUGAACGUUCAUCCAAUUAGAGCAGAGCUUGGAAAACCUGCAGACAUGUGUUUGGCUGUGCGGAUUUCGUUGAUAAUAUGCGUUUUCAUUUACUUUGCUAUUGGCUUCUUUGGGUACCUAUUGUUUGGGGAUUCCAUCAUGCCCGAUGUGCUGGUAAACUUUGACCAAAACUCCAAUACAAGUGUUGGUCGAUUGCUCAAUGACAUUGUUCGGUUAAGCUAUGCACUCCAUCUUGCGCUUGUGUUCCCCAUUAUGAGCUAUUCCUUGAGGGCCAACAUAGAUGAACUAGUAUUCUCAAAAAAAAACAAGCCUGCCCUGGCAUUAGACACACCAAGAUUUGUGUCUCUUACUCUGGCUUUACUAGCCCUCUCAUACUUGGUGGCCGUGGCCAUCCCAAACAUCUGGUAUUUUUUUCAGUUUUUGGGAUCCACAACCGUUGUUUGUCUAUCAUUUAUAUUCCCUGCUGCAAUCAUUCUAAGGGAUAUGUAUGGCAUAUCAACCACAAAAGAUCAAGUCAUGGCAAUAGUGGUGAUUGUUUUGGCUGUAGUGACAAGCGGAAUUGCUAUAUGGACUAACUUGUAUGGUUCAAGUGCUGAUCAGCCAUAG